AUGUCUUGCGUCGCUUUCCAUUUGCUCCUGCCCCAUGUGAGGUCUCUGUACCAUGGCUGCGAUAUCAUUAGUAGGCGUCCAUUCGGUACUGCGCACAUGGUCGCCUCGACCUUCCUUUGCGCCCUUCCAUGCGAGACUCUGGUGAUUGUUCUUACCGUCAAACACGCCCUCAAAUGCCGGCAGAUGCUCGUUUCGGAGGGCAAUAGCGCCGCGCUGCCGGUCCUUGACCGAUUAUACCGUGAUGGUGUAGCAUACUUUGUUAUUGCAUUUUUACUCCGCCUAUGGGGUUGCCUAGUGUGGUUUGUCUGCCCUUGGAGUCUUAAAUUCUUUUCGGACUCUUGUAAUAUGGCGCUGAGGAGCACCGUAUCCAGUCGGUUCUUCCUCUCUCUCCGCAAGUCGAUCGUGGCGUCGAGUCGGAUCGCCCAGCACACAACCAUUGCCAUUGACGGGCUCGGCGGGACUAUACAGCUCCCACCACAGCGUUCUAUGAACGGUGACUCGAUACGGCUGUCUACAAUCUAUCGCAAGCAGACCGAGGUGGAUAGCCCUGUCGGAGACAAUCCGAGUGGCCUAGAGCUCUGCCGUACACACUCUGACCCAGACUAG